UAAAAUUACUGAUUUUACUUUAUUGUCACAUUAGUUUUUGUAUUUUAAUGGAAUUAAAUUAAACAGAUACAUUUGGCGAUUAAAAAUAAAAGAAAAAAUUUAACAAAAAUGGAGAAAUCCAAGGAAUAUGGAAGCAAACUAAGCUGGGCAGCCGGAAAGAAGCUAGUUCUGUGCGUCGGAGCCACCUGCAUGGACUAUAUACUCUUCACCGACUCCUUUCCCAAACUAAACGAAAUUAUAAAAGCUAAGAAGGGGUACUGGCAACGUGGUGGCUGUGCCUCAAAUAAUUGCACCAUUCUGCGGAUACUCGGCGUCAAGUGCGAGUUCUUUGGAAUGCUCAGCACCUUGGAUCUGUAUCAAGUCCUGGUGGACGACAUGGAAUCCCGCGGUAUAAUCAUCAAAAACUGCCCAUCCUGCAAAAUGGAUCCGGACUUCUCUACAGUAUUUUUCUCCAAAAAACUAAAAACCCGGAAUAUCAUAGCUUACAACAACAAGGCCUUUCCCAAUGUCACCAUUGAGGACUUCCGGAAACUGGACUUGAGCAAGUACGGCUGGAUACACCUGCAUUGUAUUCACUUUGAAAGUACCAUGGCCAUGGUCAAGGACGUGGUGGCUUACAACGAGGCCAAUCCGACCGAGAAGAUCACAAUCUCGCUGACCAUGGACGAGCCCCUGAGCGCGAUGUGGCCCCUGCUGGACUAUUGCGAUUACGCCUUCUUCUCCAAGCGACUGUCCCCGUACAGCGGCUGGGAUAGCCCCAAGGAGGCCUGUAUCCACAUCGACGAACAGCUGCGCAUGCGCUGGGGCCUUAACCUUCGUCGUCCCUACGUUAUUGUCCUCUGGGGAUCCUUGGGCGGCGGCGUUAUGGACAAGUCCGGGAACUAUACCCACUUUGCGCCUUAUACGCCAAUGAAAGUGGUGGACGCCCUGGGCGCUGGGGACUGCUUCGUGUCUGGCUUCAUCUAUGCCAUGUACAUCCGGGAUCGCCCACUGCCGGUGGCCAUGGACUUUGCCACCCGGGUUGCGGGCCACAAAUGCACCCACACAGGCUUUGAUCACAUAGCCAAUAUUCUACUUCCUCCUGUUUUGUGAAUUCUUUUUCGGUUAAUAAAAGGUACAUUUUUCCAAGGACUUGGGCCUGAGAAUAUAUACAUUUCGAAUAAAUGAAAAGCAAACAUCCAGUUUCCUGCAAAAA